CCGGAGCGGCCGCGGAGAAGCUCCCGGGCUCGGCUGAGACUGUCGUGCCCGCACGUCGCCUCGGCCGCCGCAGCGUCAAGCCGUCGCCGCCGCUGGGUGGGCGGCCGUCUAUUGUCCUUCUCGGCGGCAGACGUGCGGAGCUGCUCCGGCUGGGCCCGCGGGGGAGCCCCGGGCGCCGCACGUGUCCUGGGUCAUGAAACUUAAUCCACAGCAAGCUCCAUUAUAUGGCGACUGUGUGGUUACGGUGUUGCUGGCUGAAGAGGACAAAGUUGAGGAUGAUGUAGUUUUUUACUUGGUAUUUUCGGGUUCCACCCUCCAUCACUGCACAAGUACUCGGAAGGUCAGUGCUGAUACGCUGGAGACCAUUGCACCUGGUCAUGACUGCUGUGAGACCGUGAGGGUGCAGCUCUGUGCUUCCAAGGACGGCCUUCCCGUGUUCGUGGUGGCUGAGCAGGACUUCCGGUUUGUCCAGGAUGAGGCGUACGAUGCAGCCCAGUUCCUGGCCACCAGCGCUGGCAAUCAGCAGGCUCUGAACUUCACCCGUUUUCUUGACCGGUCAGGACCCCCGUCUGGGGAUGUGAAUUCCCUUGAUGAGAAGGUCGCCCUGGCAUUCAGACACCUGAAGCUGCCGGCUGAGUGGAACGUGCUAGGGACGGAUCAGACGCUGCAUGACGGCGGCCCCCGGGAGACGUUGGUGCACUUUGCCGUGCGGCUGGGCCUGCUGAGGCUCACGUGGGUCUUGCUGCAGAAGCCAGGUGGCCGCGGGGCCCUCAGCAUCCACAACCAGGAAGGGGCGACACCUGUGAGCCUGGCCCUGGAGCGGGGGUAUCACCAACUGCACCAGCUGCUAACUGAGGAGAACGCCGGAGAACCAGACUCCUGGAGCCGUUUAUCCUACGAGAUACCUUACGGAGACUGUUCUGUGAGGCACCAUCGAGAGCUGGACGUCUAUACGUUAACCUCUGAGUCCGAAGCCCACCAUGAACCCUCAUUUCCUGGAGACCCUUGCACUGGACACAUUUUUAAACUUAGGAACAUCCAACAGCAGCUAAUGAAAACAAACCUUCAGCAGAUGGACAGUCCUCUGCCCUUCAUGGUCACAGCACAGGACCCUGCAGGUGUGCCCGCUGCCCAAGACACAGACGGCCAGUUCCUCUGCUGCGCGUCGGCCCCCAGGGCCAGCCCCCAGCACCCUCUUCCUGAGGACCCUGCGAGCUGUCCAUGCUGCCGAGGGGGCAUUGCCGGGGAGAUUCCCAGUGCCUGCGAGUUGUCGAGCGUGGCCAAGGAAGAGCACCCAGACUGUUCCUGUAGGAGGAAAACCACAGGCGUGGAGAGAAGAGGGGAGGAGGCGGAGGCAGCACGCACCGUGGCCUGCGGAACCGCGUCUGGGCCCAGCAGCUUCGCGCAGAGCGUGCCCAGAGCAGAGGGCACAGGAGGCGCCCCCUGCUGUGGAAUCAGAGCCGGAGAAACUGGAACAGAAUCUGCCACGCUGGCCACAGACCAGGAGCCUCCAGGCGCUGGAGACCUCGUCCCGCAGGGAGACAUGGUCAUGCAGCCGGGCACCGCGCCCACUCCGCCUCGGUCCGGGGGUGAGCCGGCCAUUGGCGCCUCAGCAACUGCGGGGGACCCAGCACGUGGUCUCCCGAACACAGACGCCGCCAUCCAGAAGAGCGCGCUUGAGGCCAGGGGGAGCACAGAGGGAGAGUUCUCGAACUCUGGUAUCAGUACAGCUGGCACCUGUUACGGAGGAGGCCCGGGGAGGCCCGCAGAGGAAGCCGGUGCUCCUCACAGUGUGUCCGCCGCUGCCUCCCCGGGUGCCCCCCAGCCUGCUGACUGUUCUCCUGCAGUGAGUAACAGAGAGGCCUCUGCCAUCCAGGCUGCAGCUGCGGAAACUUCACAAGGUUGUGAGGGGGGUGCCGGGGCCCCAGCAGAUCCAAGCUGCCCGCUGGUUCCGAUUGCCGCGCAGGCCACGCCUGCAGAUGGGCCCGAGCCCUGUGCUCCCCUGUCGAGCGCAGGUGUGGCCGUGCCGCCCCCUGACCUGACCUUUCCUGUGCCCCAGAACGACACAGCAGACCAGAAGUCAGAAACGAAUUUGUCUCCUGUGCAAAGCCCAAACAGUGGACCGUCUGUCUGUCUUCCCGCCAGAGGGGAUGAGCCGUGUGCUGCCUCUGCGCGGCAGCAGGACACAGUGACUUCUGGUGGCCUGUUGACCACAGAACCCUGUGAUGACAGAGUCACCCGGCCUGACAGCAGCCCCCCACAACUGCUGCCCACACAGCAUCCACCCCCUGCUGCCUGCGGUGAAGGGCCCCAGGCCAGCCCGGCCACCCCCAGCCCCGUGCGAGAUACCCAGGAACACGUGGAAUUGUGUCUUCUCCAAGUUUCAGAUAUAAAGGACCAAGGAGAAGACUUGAAAUUAGAAACCUCCUCGAUGAGUACGCCCGGGGUGCGUCCGCAUGCCGCUGCCCCCGGAGCUGAGGAGGAGCUGGUGCCGGACCAGGCGGUGACAUCACACAGGACUUCUCUGGCAGGCAGUCCAGUCCGUGAAUCAGUAACCAAAGAUGAUGCGCUUUCUCUUGUCCCCUCCCAGAAAGAAAAGGGAACAGCAACUCCUGGACUGCACAGAGCUCCAGACGCUGGAGACGGCCCUGGCGGGGAUGCAGACGGGCCUAGCCGGCAGCUUCUAGAAGACGGCGCCGCAGGCCUGGCCGCGGCCUCCACUGCUCUCCAGCUUCAGCCCAGCAUGGGGAAUGCCAGUCCCACGGGCCUUGGCGAGGAACAAGGGGGUCCCUGCCUCUCGGCAGCCCCCGAUGUUCUGCAUCUCAGGGACGGCGCGGACUCCUCUCUGCUGCCUGCGGGUCAGGCCACUGUGGCCUCCAGUUCUGUUCUGACUGAAGAAGGGAAAAAGCUGGUGCCUCCAGAAAGCUCUGAAGCUCAGGGACAAAGUGGUGGGGAGAAAGCAGGGACUUGUCCCUCUGUCAAGGAAAACCCGCUUUCCUCAGGAACGUUUCAGGAAGAGCAGACGACACCACCUCCCGGACCGGAGGUGCAGGGAUUCCGUGGAGAACUCAGCUCCACUGGCCGUGCGGAGGAUAGCACCCUGGAGCACGAUGACGUGCUGGGCACACCCUCGGCCUGCCCUGAUGCAGGAACUCAGCAUAACAAGGAAGUGGCCCCACCAGUGCCUCCGCCGCCGCCGCCUGGAGGUGGGGUUGCACCGAGCUGGGUGCCGCCGGGGGCCAGGAGGCCUGCAGAGCCCCGCCAAGAAGGCCUUGGUGCAGAGCAGGGCAGCGCGGCCCCCUUGCCAGGGCUCCUAGCCAGUGGGACUGCGGCCCGCACGGGCACACUUGCUCUGGGUGUUGGAGUGCAAAACCUUGAAUCCCAGGGAACGGGCCCUGCUUGUGAGGUGAGCGGCGAGGCGGCGUCAGAUGUCGCAGUGGCUGACACACUACCAGGCGCGGGGGCUGGGGGACGGACCGAGUCACAGGACACCCAAGACCUCCCGGUUCCGAAAGCCUCGUUGAGCCAGGAGAAGAAGGUGAUUCUGGGGUCGCUGGGGCCUUUACCAGGCAGUGGUGUGACUGACCCACAGGGCGCCGCAGCCCCAGAGUCACCACCUCUCCGGCGGAAGGAGGCAGAGCACGGCGGCAGCUUGGGCAGCUCCGGAGAGGCACAGGUGGAUGCCCAGGCACAUCGCAUCCUGCAGCAACCCGCCACCACGGAGGUCCCCCCGGAGACCGGGCUCCCAUGCACUGGUGAGCAGGCCCCAGGCGGGGAGAGGGGCGCUCCCUCUGCGCCCUGUGCUGUGCGUCUGCCCGAGAGAGCCGACUCCAUCGAGGAGGCUGCGAGUCGCAUAGUGGAGGCAGUCCUAGAUCAAGUCAAGGCCACGGGAGCACUCAUCACUGGGGGGUGGACCAGUCACAUGUCACUGUACAGUCCUCCGGAGUCAGGCCCAGUGACCGAGCAGCUGGAGAGUGCUUCUGCAGGGGACGUGAACGCUUUUGUACCUGGGCAGACCCCACAACUGGGCAGUGUUCGUGAAGAAGCCCCUGGCACCCUUGUGGGGUGUUUGGCUGGAAGUGGGGAGCCAGAGAAGACGGAUCCACCUCCUGACAGACCCAAGCCGGCCACAGAAAUGCCAGACCUGAAAGCUGCCGAUGAGGUGGAUUUUCGGAGCAAUGGGAGAGCGGGUGUGGCCUCUGCAGAGGUGGCCGUGGGAGGCAUGGUCUCUGCAGAGGUGGCCAUGGGAGAGGUGGCCACCACAGCGGAGAUGAAACCAGGCCUGAAGACCCAGGCGAUAAACCGAGAAAGCUGGUGUCCAGUAAAGCCAUGCCCUGACGCCGCAUCUCUUUUGGCUUCCACACAGAGCCCAGGAUGUGACAGCUUCUUGGAUGUUGGCCUGGGCAGAGAGUGCACCUCAAAACCGGAUGUGCUCAAACGAGAAUCCGGGAGUGACUCUGACCUCUUUCAGUCACCCAGCGAGGAAGUGGACAGCAUCAUCUUCUCCAAGCCUGAGGAAGAGCAGUCCGUCUGUGAUAUCACCGGGUCCAGUUCUUCCACCGAUGACACGGCUUCCUUGGAUCGACAUUCCUCUCAUGGCAGUGAUGUAUCCCUCCCCCAGAUUUCAAAUUUGAACAGGUCCAGAGAUCAGCAGUGUCUUGACAGCUUCUACAGCCAUGGGGCGGGAGCCGAGGGUCGAGAGAGUGAGGGCGAAGCUGCUGGCUCAGGUGAGAUGGACGAGGAGGAGAUGGACAGCAUCACCGAAGUGCCCUCCAACUGCUCUGUGCUGAGGGGCUCUAUGCGCUCCCUGUCCCCUUUCCGGAGGCACAGCUGGGGUCCCGGGAAGAACGCGGCCAGCGACGCCGAAAUGAACCAGCGCAGUUCAUUGCGAGUUCUUGGGGACGUUGUCAGGAGACCCCCCAUUCAUAGGAGAAGUAUGAGCUGGUGUCCUUCUGGUGUGCGAUACUCUGCCGCCCUGAGUGCCGACUUUAAUUACAGAAGUUUCAGCCUCGAGGGCUUGACAGGAGGAGCUGGUGUCGGAAACAAGCCGUCCUCAACUCUAGAUGCGAACUCUGCAAACACCAAAGAGCUCAGGCACCCUUUCGGUGGGGAGGAAAGGGGAGACUCUUUGGUGUCUCUUUCAGAAGAGGAUCUGGAAUCCGGCCAGAGAGAACACCGGAUGUUUGAGCAGCAGGCAUGUCACAGAUCUAAACAACAGGGAUUUAAUUACUGUACAUCAGCCAUUUCUUCUCCAUUGACAAAAUCCAUCUCAUUAAUGACAAUCAGCCAUCCGGGCUUGGACAAUUCACGGCCUUUCCACAGCACCAGUGCUAACCUGACCGAGAGUAUAACAGAAGAGACGUAUAGUUUCCUGCCUCAGAGCCCCUCCAAGAAAGAUUUUGAAGGGAAGAGUGGGACAAAAGUCAGUCGCACGUUCAGCUACAUCAAGAAUAAAAUGUCCAGCAGUAAGAAGAGCAGAGAAAAGGAAAAAGAGAAAGAGAAAAUCAAGGAGAAGGAGAAAGAUUUGAAGGAGAAGGACAAGGACAAGAAGACUAUCAAUGGGCACACUUUCAGUUCCAUUCCUGUAGUGGGCCCCAUCAGCUGCAGCCAGUGCAUGAAGCCGUUCACCAGCAAGGACGCCUACACUUGUGCAGGUUGCAGUGCUUUCGUCCACAAAGGCUGCAGGGAGAGUCUGGCCUCCUGUGCGAAGGUCAAGAUGAAGCAGCCCAAGGGGAGCAUGCAGGCACAUGACACGUCUUCGCUGCCCACAGUCAUCAUGAGAAGCAAGCCCUCCCAGCCCAAGGAGCGCCCCCGAUCCGCAGUCCUCCUGGUGGAUGAGAGCACUGCCGUUCCCAUGUUUGCCAGUAGACGGUCCCAGCAGAGUGUCUCGCUCUCCAAAAGUGUCUCCAUACAGAACAUUGCUGGCGUUGGCAAUGAUGAGAACAUAUCAAAUACCUGGAAGUUCCUGUCUCAUUCGACGGACUCACUAAAUAAAAUCAGCAAGGUCAACGAGUCAACAGAAUCACUUACCGAUGAGGGAGUAGGUACAGACAUGAAUGAAGGACAGCUGAUGGGCGACUUUGAGAUGGAAUCCAGACAGCUAGAAGCCGAGUCCUGGAGUCAAAUAGUGGACAGCAAGUUUCUGAAACAGCAAAAGAAAGAUGUGGUCAAACGGCAAGAAGUGAUUUACGAGCUGAUGCAAACGGAGUUGCACCACGUCCGCACGCUCAAGAUCAUGAGCGACGUGUACAGCCGGGGCAUGAUGACAGAGCUGCUCUUCGAGCAGCAGACAGUGGAGAAGCUCUUCCCCUGCUUGGACGAGCUGAUCAGUAUCCACAGCCAGUUCUUCCAGAGGAUCCUGGAGCGGAAGAAGGACUCGCUGGUGGAUAAAAGUGAGAGGAACUUUCUCAUCAAGAGGAUGGGGGAUGUGCUUGUAAAUCAGUUUUCGGGGGAGAACGCCGAGCGCUUAAAGAAGACAUACGGCAAGUUUUGUGGGCAGCACAACCAGUCUGUAAACUACUUUAAAGACCUUUACACCAAGGAUAAGCGGUUUCAGGCCUUUGUGAAGAAGAAGAUGAGCAGCUCUGUCGUGAGGAGGCUGGGAAUCCCGGAGUGCAUACUGCUGGUGACGCAGCGGAUCACCAAAUACCCAGUGUUGUUCCAGAGGAUCCUGCAGUGUACCAAAGACAACGAGGUGGAGCAGGAAGAUCUCGCUCAGUCCCUGAGCCUGGUGAAGGAUGUGAUUGGAGCCGUAGACAGCAAAGUGGCAAGUUACGAGAAGAAAGUGCGUCUCAAUGAGAUUUACACGAAGACAGAUAGCAAGUCGAUCAUGAGGAUGAAGAGCGGCCAGAUGUUUGCCAAGGAGGAUUUGAAGCGGAAGAAGCUUGUGCGGGACGGGAAUGUGUUUCUGAAGAACGCGGCAGGAAGAUUGAAAGAGGCUCAAGCAGUUCUCCUUACCGACAUUUUAGUUUUCCUUCAAGAAAAAGACCAGAAAUACGUCUUUGCGUCAUUGGACCAGAAGUCAACGGUGAUCUCUUUAAAGAAGCUGAUUGUGAGAGAGGUGGCGCACGAAGAGAAAGGCCUGUUCCUCAUCAGCAUGGGCAUGAAGGACCCCGAGAUGGUGGAAGUCCACGCCGGCUCCAAGGAGGAGCGGAACAGCUGGAUUCACAUCAUUCAGGACACGAUCAACACCCUGAACAGGGAUGAAGACGAGGGAAUUCCUAGUGAGAACGAGGAAGAAAAGAGAAUGCUGGACGGCAGAGCCCGGGAAUUAAAAGAACAGCUUCAGCAGAAGGACCAGCAGAUCCUCCUGUUACUGGAAGAGAAGGAGAUGAUCUUCCGGGACAUGACAGAGUGCAGCACUCCCUUGCCCGAGGAGUGCUCCCCAGCUCACAGCUCUAGAGUGCUCUUCCGCUCCAGCACCGAAGAGGCGCUCAAAGGAGGACCUUUAAUGAAAAGUGCAAUAAAUGAGGUGGAGAUCCUUCAGGGUUUGGUGAGCGGCAGCCUGGGAGGCACACUCGGGCAGGCUGUCAGCAGUCCUGCUGAGCCAGAAGGUCCGGUCGGCCCUGUUUCCUUGCCGCGGAGAGCAGAGACCUUUGGAGGAUUUGACAGCCAUCAGAUGAAUGCUUCUAAAGGAGGAGAGAAGGAAGAGGGAGAGGAUGGCCAAGAUCUUAGAAGAACAGAGUCGGACAGUGGUCUGAAAAAGGGUGGAAAUGCUAACCUGGUAUUUAUGCUUAAACGAAACAGUGAGCAGGUCGUCCAGAGCGUCGUUCACCUCCACGAACUCCUCAGCACGUUGCAGGGCGUGGUGCUGCAGCAGGACAGCUACAUCGAGGACCAGAAGCUGCUGCUGGCCGAGCGCGCGCUCCCCCGCGGCGCGGCGCGGCCCAGCUCGCUGGCCGAGCAGGAGAAGCAGCGCAGCCUGGAGAAGCGGCGCCAGGACCUGGCCGACCUGCAGCGGCAGCAGGCGCAGCACCUGGACGAGAAGCGGCGGCGCGAGCGCGAGUGGGAGGCCCGCGAGCGGGCGCUGCAGGAGCGCGAGGCGCGGCUGGCGCAGCGCGAGCACGACGUGCGCCAGGGCCGCCAGGACCUCGAGCGCGACCGCGACGAGCUGCAGCUCAAGAAGGGCGCCUACCAGGGCGACCUGGAGAGGCUGCGCGCCGCGCAGAAGCAGCUGGAGCGGGAGCAGGAGCAGCUGCGCCGCGACGCCGAGCGACUCGGCCAGAGGCAGGCGGAGCACGACGCCUGCCAGGUGUCCCAUCAACACACGAAGCUGCUGAGGAUCCCAUCCUUCUUUCCGAACCCCGAGGAGUCCCCCAUGCCAUCGGUACCUUCGAUAGCCAAAUCAGGGUCACUGGACUCAGAACUCUCCGUGUCCCCAAAAAGGAACAGCAUCUCACGGACACACAAAGAUAAGGGGCCUUUUCACAUACUGAGUUCCACCAGCCAGACAAACAAAGUAGGAGAGGGUCAGAGCCAGGCCCCCGCGCCCGCCUCCACCCGCCUGUUUGGGUUAGCUAAGCCGAAGGAGAAGAAGGAGAAGAAGAAGAAGAACAAAGGAAGUCGCUCCCAGUCCGGUGAUGGCCCCGCGUCAGAAGUGCCCGCGGAGGGUGAAGAGAUCUUCUGCUGACCCAGCCCAUGGCUGCCAGCCCCUCCCCUCCCCACCCCGCCGUUGCUGGGUGUGCUCUUACCGUGGACGCCCGUGCUGCCCAGGUCCUGGACCAGGACCAGAUGGUCUUGGGUUUCAGGGUGGGGCAGGAGGCGGGGGACUGGUGGGGCUGGUGGCUGCCGACAGCUCGGGCGCUGGGGCCAGCCCACCGAGGAUGUUGCACCGGAAGUAGUGGCCCCUCAAGCCCGGGCGCUGGUUUGGGGCACGUCAGGAUCUCCUAAAGGCUGGAAGAGGUUUCCAAGUAAGGUCUGAAAUUCUCCCUGCCUUUUACUUGGGGGACACAGCAGUCAAACGAGCAGUUUGGACUUUGUCUGUGUGCAUAGAGGUACCCAUCCGCAUGUACACGUAGGGUCGACCAGAUGUGGGCACCGUCCGUGGCAGUCGCCUGGCUCAGCUCGGCGUAAAAGCGCCGCCGGCCCUGCUCAGGUGGCGAGCGGGCACGUGGGGCUCCACCCCCUGGUCCUCGGAGGCGGUUUUCCCAUAGCCUUACCCCGUGCUCACCUCACCCCUCUUUGCAUGUAUUUCUCAUUUCAUUUUGGAAAGGAGGGCAAACAUUUGUGAAAACCAGUGAGAGAAGGUGUGGUAUGUUUAAAAAGCCAUCUAUACAUGUAUGAUCUGCACAAUUCUGAUUUUGGUAUUUCAGCUAUUUAAAAAAAAAAAAUCUAAUUUCAACAUCAAAUCCAAAGAAACUGUACCCUGGCUUCCUAAGACGUUUGCCUACUUGCUCUGGGCACAGGUGAAGUAGAGCCGUCUCCUCCCCAUCGUGCCUGCUUUGUGACACUUUCUGGUUGUCACUGACCCCCAGCCUCCCCAGGGAAGCCGCUGCUCCGGCAGCACAGUCGUCCCCACCCGUUACCAGGACAGCCGGCCCAGGAGGUUCAGGUGAAGGAGUUCAGCCCGUGUGCAGGAAGUGCCACCAGUGUAGACCGAGGGGAGCGCGGCCCAGGUGUGGCUCAGAAACGUUUUCAAAUCUACAGGCCCAUUGGUUCUUGUGCCCCAGAUGCUGCCUGGUCUGUCUUCUCUUUCUUGUCCCCACUGCGGAUGCUCCGUGUGCGCUUGAGGCUCGUCGCCAGCCGGUGGGAGCGGGACAGUUCCUGGAGUCCUCCCUGGAGGCCCCGUAGGCCUGCUGGGUUCAGGGCUUCCCUGCGGGGGGCGGGGAGAGCCCAGAAACGCCUGUGCUUUCCGUGCGCCCUUCAAUUCCCGCUCGGUGCCCCUCAGGAGCAUGGGUCUUAGAACACGGUCUUUGGAAAAGCAAAUCUGUAACUUGGUGCUUGUCGAUGAAUUGCAAGCUGGCCUUGCAGAUGGAGAUAUUUAUCUUUCAGUUUAUUUGAAAGAGGUCUGCUUUAAAAUUUGUA